UAUUUAAGUGGACUCUAAAUAAUGAACCAUACCAAUAAUCAAUUUAAUAGUCAGCUUAACGCUAAACGUUACUCUAAAAUUUAGAGUAGAGAAACGCGCGUUUAACUUCGUGAUUAAGUGUAAACGUCAUGUUUGUGCUGUCAUUCCGACAGGUAGCAAAAGAAAUUUUUCGUUUUUCUUUUAUCUGUUUCAAAUUUAUUUUUGGCCGUGACCGUGACCGUGGGUUCAUAAAAAUAAACAAAAUUAAAAAAAGAGUAAAUUGUUAUGGCAACGAAGCGAAGUCGGUCCGUUAACUGGACACCAGCAAUGAAGGAGUUGCUGGUUGAAGCAGUAAAGCCCUUUUCAAUAACAGUGGAGAGUAAAAUGAAUGAUGGGAAGACUCUCAAAGCCAAAUUUGAAGCUUGGCAGAGCAUUCAAGAAAUGUUCAAUGCCACUGGCUAUUGCUUUACAGCAAAGCAAAUAAGGGAACAAUGGAAUCGGCUGAAAACGCAAGCAAGGAGCAAAAUAAGUGCUUUCAGUCGGUCUCAGAAGGAAACUGGUGGGGGAACACCCCCCAAAGAACCUUCUGAGAUCGACAUUGAAAUAUCUGCAAUGUCGUCGGUCGAUUUCCAAUUGGAUAGUGCGGAAUUUGAUAGUGAUGCAAUUCAGGCAUAUGAAAUCGAAAACAUACCACCACCUGAAACACCACCACAAGUUAAAACAAAACCCAAAACAAGGUCACAAGAUGUGGGCAAAUCACCACCAAAAAGAUCGGCAAUAAAAAGGAAAGCAAAAAAGCCAACAAUAUUAACAUCUGAAGAAUUAAUAAAAAAAAGAAUUGAACAAGUUAAAAUGGAAACAGAAAAAAAACAAAAAUAUCCUGAUACUUAGGAAAAAGUAUUAUUAAAAAAAUUGGAAGUGCAAGAGAGAAAGCUUGUGUUGGUAGAUUUAAAAAUCCAAAACAUGGAGCAAAACAAUGUUUAGAGUUGUUAUUUUUUUUUAAGCCAAUGAUUGAAACAAAACCUGAACACAGACUGAACUGUGAUUUUUUUUUUGUAUGAUAAAGUAGUAUUAAGCUUUUUUUUCAUUCAUCGUUCCUUUAGAAUUAAAUA